AUGGAAUUAAGCUGUGCCUUUUAUGACAACGUGACCCUCCGCCUCGCCGCCCUCGAAUACUCGCUCACGCACGACAUCCUCUCCGGCGACUGCAAAAUCGACACUCGUGGAGUGGGAGCGUCGUCCCGUGCCGACUUCCGAUGGUAUAGCUCUCCCGGCGGUCAAGAGAUCAACUACACCAUCCUCCAGUUGCAGAACCAGCGAGGAGGGACUGGUGAUCCUCGAAUGCAAGCUCAAGCUACAUUUCGAGACCUGGUAGUCCCGGCAAGUCUACACCCCACUUCCGCUCACCAUAGGCGUCGCACCAACUUCCCCGGACUCACCCUCACGCUGUCCGCCACUCGCCUCGACAUCGACACCGGUAUAUUCACGGACAGAAUGUACUGUGAACACGUCUUGACCAUCGACCUAGAGGUCCCAUUCUGUGCCGAUGACCACAUCGACCGCUUCGUGGAGGUCGUGCAUGCGCUGCGGAAGUGCUCUCAGGAGUUGAAACGGCACUAUCAGACGGCGCUGCUGCAUCCUGUGGAUCCCAUGGCACCCUUCCUCCCGACUCCUACUGGCCUUUCUGAUGAAGCCGUCUCCCUGCUGAACGAUCUGAAAUUCGUGAGUCGACUGGAUCAGGAUGGCGAUAUCCUCGGGGCGACGGUCGACAAGCGCAGUCGCGAGAGCCCUAUCUUCCUGGCCACGCUGGACGGCAAGAAGGUUUUGACGAAAUUCGUCGCGCAAUACAACGGGACGGCGCACGGGUUGCUCGCCGACGUUGAGCGCGCCCCGCCCCUUCAUGGCGUCGUCCCCGUCGUAGGGGGAUGCCACGUCGUGAUGGGGUAUGCGGAGGGUGCACACACGCUUCUGUACGGGAAGCCGGCCGGUACGGCAGAGGCCGUGAAGGACGCGUUGCAACGACUGCAUGGGGCGGGGAUCGUGUUUGGGGAUGUUCGUGAGCAGAACGUGCUGGACGUCCCCGGGACGGAUGGGCAGCUCGCUGGCACCUGGCUGAUCGACUUCGAUUGGGCGGGGAAGGCGCACGACGCCGUGUAUCCAGCGAUGAUGAACAAUCACCUGAAUAUCUGGCCGGCGGGAGUGGGUUCUGGUGCGUAUAUGGAGUUGGAGCACGACAGGCAACUAUUCCGUAGAAUGUUCCCGGAGGCUGCCGAUCUUCACGCUGGGUGGUAG